CCUGAAAUGUUACAAGAAAUGAACGUUAAUUAGAACGCAGCUGUAUUACAAGUCAUCUAAAUCUAGUUUUAAAGACCACCAUUGUUGUCCAAAAUGUGUUCAGUUUGACUCUGUUGACAAGUUUAUAGAGUCAGUGUUACUAAUCAAAUACGUACACUGUAUAUAGUACUAUCUGAAUCACUCUUCAUCUCCUUUCCCAGCUCAUCCAUACAGUCAAAUCCGUAUUUUGUCGCGCUCUUUGUUAUUGCAAAAAUAUUUCAUUGGUAACUUUUAUGUGCAAGUGUAUAAGAAAGGCAGCUGCCUAGUCCGAUUUAUACAGUAAAGUGCAUAUAUAUUUGAUAUAAACUAAUUGCUGGAAUUUUGUUUUGAAUUCAAACGAUGUAAAUAUUGCUCAGACUUGUGUAUGAAGUUCAUGUAGGUGUUGUGUGUAAAUUUGACAUUUACCAGUUUUUCUACUUCAUUCUACGAUAAAAAUAUGCAAUGCCGUAUAUCAAUUUUCAAAUUCUGGUCACAUUGAAAAUAGGUCUCUAAAUAUAAAAAUUUUGCGUUAGGAUUUUUUACUUGAUAUACAUUUUGAUGCUCAAUGUGAUAUUAAUGAAGUAUAAUGUAUAAAGAAAUCACUCCACGUGUAUAGAGAUAUUUUUUAAAAAAACCAAAAUAAUCAAAGUUUUCGUACUUUUCCUGUACAUCACCACAAACAGUGUGCUACAUACAUGUAUAUCUCAAAUUAACUCAUGAGGGGAAAUUGCCGCUAGUUUAAAAAAAAUCUCAUCGGACGGGGUAAUCCUGAUUUGGACGACCGAUUUAAUAGUCUAGAAUUCUGUGGAAUUGCGUGUACUUUCCGAGUGCAGCUGUAGCACAAACGGGGCAUAACACGGGUGAAGAAAUUUUAAUUUAUUUCGCUUAUCAUACGUGCACGUACAUGGUUUUCGGAAUACCUUUGAUUGGCCCUUCUUGGAUUAUUUGAGGGGAUAUUUCUCAUGAUUUAAUGUUUGCUUUCCCCGGUGGUCCAGGGUAUGAAGUUUUUAAUUUCGCGGAGGAAUUUCCUGUUUGUGACAAAGACUUCAAAAUUUUUAACGACUGCGCAUGUCAAUCCGAAAGUAACGCCCAAUAAAUAGAAACGAAGAUGGGUUUUGAGUCAUACACCAUUGAAACUAUCUUCUUACACGGGAGGAAAUAUGUUCCUGACAUAUUUGGAAAAGAUGGUUUGUAUCUAAAACAAGAUUUUUUUUAAAAUGAUGCUUACAAGUAACUUAUAAUGUUUUUGCAAGGCGAUUGAAAAUGUUGAGCGCGUCAGUGAAAAUAGUAGUACAAAUUUGGGAAACAGUUUACCUUCCGUUCCGGAUAAUAACUGUCUACCCAAACGGUAUUCACGUAUAACUUGUGACUUCACGUUUUGUAAAGACUAAAGCUAGUUUUUGACAGGUGUAUGAUUAUAACUAACAUAAACAGCCUUUGUCAAUAACCAUUACAUGUAGGGUGAUAUCGGCUAUUUUUAUUUUUAAAUUAUUUUAGUUUUGAGAAAUGUUUGCAAAAAAAAAGCUAUGAAAUGUGAAGAUAACGAACAGUGAUCAAUCUCAUAUAAAUGUUAUGCACUUAAAUUUUCCAUUCGCCAAAACAUGAUUUAAAAAAAGAGAGAAAAAAACGCGGAAACAAUUAAUAUACUUCAACAAUUUUUGAAAAAUAAUGCUGAAAGCUCUUAAUACUGUAACAGAAUACAGUUAAAAGUAUUUAAAGUUAAUGUUUACAGUGAAAUCAAGACUAAAUACUAACCCCGUAGCUUUUCUUUGUAAAAUAAUAUAUCUUUUGUUUUGUUUUUUCUAUAUAUUUGAGGUUUUUUCCUCCGUCAUCUUUGUCAUGCAUAUCAAUAAUACACAAAUCGUAUGGUGAAAUUGGAGCAACCUGAUCUUGGAAAAGUCCCAAAGCAACCUGUGUUUACCACAAGCGCCAAUAAUGAAUUCCGCAUGUUCAAUCAAUAGUGUGAGACAGUUCCUUUAAGGACAUUGUGCAUUUUGUCCUUGAAUGUCUAUCGUCAGUCAAUGGACUGCGUAUCAAUUUUUCACCGGUUGCCGGGAGUGAUAGUUUUUCUUUUCCACUUCAAUAUAUAAGUCUAAAUUGUGAAUAUUCAAUUGCUUUUAUGUAAUAUCCAAUGUCUGUCACCUUUCGGUAAAACUAAUGUACCAUUAUGAUUUAUGAAAAUCUUGAUGUAGUAAAAAUGUGUAUGUGGUACUUUGAUUUCAAGUAAUCAUACAUGCACCGUAACAUGAAAAACUGGAAGAUUCUAGAAUAGGAAUAAAAUAGUUUCAUUGACCACUUGCCGGGCUGUAUUGGACUACAUGAAAUUAACAGUCAAAAUGGCCUGUUUAUCGUUUAUCCAACACGCUGAAAUACAUACAUCUGGAAUACUAUUUCUUUUAAAUUUAAUCUUUCUUUUUUAAAAAUUUUAACAGCAAUAUGCGGAACGCUGAUGUUAGUAAUACGCGGUAAAUAGCACGCUCUCUAUCGUAUCUCUGUCGUCAUCAGCUGGGUACAACUUACGCCUUGUGUGUCUAUCUGUCAUCAGGAAUUGCAUUCUCGUUCAAGAAAUAUUUUAUUUCAUAUUUAAAUUUCUUUUAAACAAAACAAAUCACUGUCCAACUGUGUUGUUACAUAUUGAAUAACAGUUUCAAUGUUUCGCACUGUACUCAAAACGCACUAACCAAGGCUAGACAUGUGCAGAAUCUGAUAUAUAUACACUAAAAAUGACCAACGACACGAACAUUAUGAAAUUGUCAAAUUUCGGGACGAUCAGUACCUUCUUCAGGACGAUAGAAUAUUUGCAUAGAAAAGAAACCAAAUAAAAAUGCGAAGUAGCACUAAAACUAAAAGACAAAACCUGAUAACAGAACGUCUACAUAUUGAAAUUAUCGGGUGCAAUGUAUUAUAGUGCGCGCUCUCUCUCUGUGUGUCUGUCUCUCUCGAUAUAUAUAUAUAUAACAGCUGUGUUUGACACAAAAUCUCCCCCGUAAAGAGUUUACUAGAACAACAUGUACUAGAUUCAAUUUGUACUAUGCGAGUGCAGUCAUGUUAUAUACUGUUUUGCACGACAAUCCGUCAUAGAGUUGUAAUUUUCAAAUAAUAUUAGAUUAGAUAUAUCAAUAGAGGACAAAUAAUUAAUUCAUUGAAAACAAUUUCUUUAAAGCACAUGUAAUCAAAAUUUAUAAGAAUUGACCGAGUUUUAAAUACAUUUCAAGUGCAUUACAAAAUGCGUAAUUUCAAACGUGUUUUAAAUAUGUCGAGUACUUUGUGAACUGAUCGAAUUUCCACCUUUUAUCGCUAAAAUCUUUACGGUUACAAUUAUAAUUAUCCCGGUGUUUGUGAUGAAAAAAAACAAGGAUGAAAAUUAGGAAACAUGGUCGUACAAUACAAUGGGCUUAACAUGCAGUUUGCAUGUUCUUCGCAUGUUUUGUCUGUGACGUCGAAAUUCUAUACGAUGUGCAACUGCAUGUUCGAAAUAGAAAAUACCCUAAACACUGCAUUAUUGUCAUUUUUAGUACAAAUUAUUUGAAAUAUUAACCGACAAUUUUCCCCUUUGAUAGACACAUUACGCGUCUCAUGAGGUGAGACUAAAGGAUGUGAACGCAACACUACAGUGUGGUAAACUUAUCAAGAUAGCGGCAGUCAGUCACACCUUACAAAAAGAAACCCACCCCCUUCAAAAAAUAUUCAGUACGUAUUCCUCUAUUUUUGUAAGCAUUAUGAUAAAUUUAUUGGAUUAAGUGGCAUGAAGUCUAAGCAGAAGAUGAUUAAGAGUUACUGGAAGAUUUUCCAACUUGAAUUUUGCUCAAAGCUAAAUCCUAGACCAAAACAACUGAUAUAGAGAGAUGGCGUCAUUCUCUUCUAUAUUGUCCUCUCCUUCACCUCUUUUGUUGGUUGGUUGAUUGUAUGAAUCAUCUGCAUGUAGAUAUUAUAUUAUAUAUAUAUAUAUUCUCACUCUUUUCUUCCUCUUUUUCUUUCUUCUUUUAUGUAAAUUCCCCGGACCUAUACUUACUUGUAUAUGCGUGAACUAAAGAAAACAGAACAAACCUUUGUGUAAUGGAGAUGAUUUCACUUUAGCCAAUUUUCACCGAGACGAAAUGAACCUUGUCGAAAAGUUAAUUCUUUAUGUAAUCAAAUAACUAACAGGGGUGAUGCGUACUUAAAAUAAAAGUGGGGUAAGGUUACCCCCAGAUGACAACCGGCACAAAGACCCGCAAAGAAAUAUAUCAACUGUUUUAUUCAAAUUUGAUACUUUUGACAUCUGUGUCACAAAACUAUUGAGGUAGGCUUAGAAGGUACUUGAAGCACCUAUUUCUGUAACACUGAUGGACACACUAAAAUAUCAAAUGAAGCACGAAUUUAUCAGAUAUAGCAGGGCCUCGAGAGAGAACCUGUAAUGCAAUUAUACGAAUUAAAAACCCCAUCCAAAUUUUCUUGUAAACAAAGAAUUAGACGUCGAUAACGGGGGAAGAUAACUCGCUCAACCAUCGUUGCUCUGUCUCACUUUCGGCAAACAUGGUCAGGCGGGUUUUUUUUUCGCGCGCUGACUCAGACCAACCCUUAACCGCAAGUAUGUGCACUCCUUAAUUUGGACUGGGAAACCAUGUGGCUAUAGCUUAUAAAAUAUCUAACAAUCGCAAUGUGCUAUGUUCGUUUUAUUUUCUUUGUGUGGUUAAGUCGGAAUGUCUCCAAAUGUUGGUCAAAACAACUCCUAGAUUCUUCUUUGUUUGAUAACCUUCACUGGGGAUUACUUUUUGCACCUCCUCGUUAAUUGGAAAGGAUAGAUGGUGAACAUUUGGUUAAUCUUUCAUAAUAAUACUUCUAUGAAUAAACUUAACCUAUUAACUUUUAAAGCCUGGGUCGUAGUGUGCAAUGUAAUCUGCUCGGGUGCAGUGGAUUAAUUUUUAUAUUGAAUCUAAUGUUUAUUAAUUGAACUAUACGAGUAUGUUUAAUAAACAAUGUAGGUCUCUGUACUUAGGUAAACUUUUGAAUUAUUUAGAAACGUAACUUAUAACGAACACACAGAGUUUGUUGAGUGCGAACAUAAAUAGAUUUUAAAAUGUUUUAAUUAGUCAUGAGGUUACAAAGCAAUACUUUGCCAUAUGUCAUUUGCGGUUAUAUGUUAGCUCUAGAGACGGUUAGGCCCAUCCCCGGUAUCGGCAAACUUUUCCAAAUCUCCUGUUUGCGGUUUCACCCGUUCAUCCACAGAGAAAGGACGACUUCUCGCACCAGAAGUUCGUCUUAUCAUCUCUCGAGUGUAAACAACUUUUUUCAAAUAUUAAUAUGAAAAGUAGAACCCCAGAUCUUGGCUUUAAAUAUAAAUAAAAUUUUGAUCUAACGAUAGAUUUCAGGGAGCUAUAUAGUAAACAAAAUUAACAUGUUCUAUUUGUUAGGCGAAUGGUUUCUACAAGGCCACCUGCAGUUUGUUUCCUGUUUGGUGAUAUACUCAUUCAUGGAGAGUCGUUGUGGAAUUUGUGUAAUUUCACACACUUUCAUGUGGUUUAUUGCUUUUAAAUUAUUCAGAAAUGAAUGAAUCGCGCAGCCCUGAAUUCAUUACAAAAUACUCACAUCUGCCCUCCCACGUAAAAUUAUCGCUUUGUCAUAUGCAUUACAUUCGUCAAUACUGCGCAGUUGCAAGGGGAGAAAAAGAAAACAAAAUUAUGUGCAUAUAUUGGUAAUGUUCAUUUCUGAACAAUCACCACGUGAGACGUGGCUUUUGAAAUUAAUCUUUAUAUCACAUGGUAUCACAAUGAACACUAACUUUGAAUUUCGUACGAUGUUAAUGCAGUUGACGUAUUGUUUUUAAAAACUCUGUUUCGUCCAUGGCGUUUUGCCUCUUGAUAAAAAAAAAAACAACAACAACAAAUGAACUGCAUGAUUGUACAUCGUAAAUUUGUUUCAGAUUUUUUUAUUCUACAUUACGAGUUCAUUCUGUAUUAAUUCCAUAUUCUCUUUAUUCCAGAUUGCCAUUUCAUUCUGGAAAUUCAUUCCACAUCCUUUUUAUUCUACAUGGCCAUUUCAUUCUGUAAAUUCAAUCUACACACUUUUUAUUCUACAUGGCCAUUUCAUUCUAUAAAUUCAUUCCACACACUUUUUAUUCUACAUGGCCAUUUCGUUCUAUAAAUUAAUUCCACACACUUUUUAUUCUACAUGACCAUUUCUUUCUAUAAAUUCAUUCCACACACUUUUUAUUCUACAUGGCCAUUUCUUCAUUCCACACACUUUUUAUUCUACAUGGCCAUUUCGUUCUAUGAAUUCAUUCCACACACUUUUUAUUCUACAUGGUCAUUUCAUUCUGUAAAUUCAUUCCACGCACUUUUUAUUCUACAUGGCCAUUUCAUUCUAUAAAUUCAUUCCACACACUUUUUAUUCUACAUGGCCAUUUCAUUCUGUAGAUUUAUUCCACACUUUUUUAUUCUACAUGACCAUUUCUUUCUAUGAAUUCAUUCCACACACAUUUUAUUCUACAUGGCCAUUUCAUUCUAUAAAUUCAUUCCACACACAUUUUAUUCUACAUGGCCAUUUCAUUCUAUAAAUUCAUUCCACACACUUUUUAUUCUACAUGGCCAUUUCAUUCUGUAGAUUUAUUCCACACUUUUUAUUCUUCAUGACCAUUUCAUUCUAUAAAUUCAUUCCACACACUUUUUAUUCUACAUGGCCAUUUCAUUCUAUAAAUUUAUUUCACAUUCUUUUUAUUCUAAAUAGCCAUUUCAUUCUGUAAAUUUAUUUCACAUUCUUUUUAUUUUACAUGGCCAUUUCAUUCUGUAAAUUAUUUCACAUUCUUUUUAUUCUACAUUGCCUGUUCAUUCUGUAAAUUUAUUUCACAUUCUUUUUAUUCUACAUGGCCUGUUUGCAACUCUGUAAAUUCAUUCCACACUUUUUUUUUAUCAUUCCGUUGCUAUAACCUUGACCAGCACUCCUACUUCUGAAACACAAUAUAGAUAUAAAUAAAUAUGUAGGUUAAAAACUACAAUAAAUAUCACUACGCUGCAGCAGUACAUACAUUACAGUGUUAUAAUAAAAGACCUGUCUGUAGCAAAAAGUUUUUGCAUUAUUCCAUCACUGCGGUGAGAAACAAAUCAACAUAGGAAAUGUUACAAGAGUCUGUUUCUGCCAUCUGAUUGCACAUAACAGAGGGAUCCCUCUACUCCAUAAGGUUGAAAGGGCUCCCACCUUCCUUCGGUCACAAGUCAACGACUUGGCAUCCCGGCACGUGCACUCCCGCGCCAACCAAUGACCGGAAAUUUCGUCUGCAUCGUCAUCAGCUUGCUGAGAUGCUUGAUAAGAUAUGAAGUAUACAGGCUUCUUAUCGAAACUAUCCUUGGAGAAAGGAUGAAUUAAUCUUUCUCAAAUACUUAAAUAUUUCUCAAAUACUUAAAUAAAGAUUACUUCACAUAUUCUGUAGACUUUUCAUGUCACUUUCAAUUUUUCUUUGUGUCUUUUUCUCAUUUCCUGAGGUCAUUUUAGCAAAAUCAAAUUUCGUGGCAGAUCUAUAAUUAUCAAGCUUUCACCUUUUAGCUAUACAGUGGGAAAGGUAUUUGAAAUACUAUACUGCUUGAAAUAUGAGAAUACAUUGGCUAUGUAAUAUAUGUGACAACCGAUACAUCAGAUGGUUGUAAUUUUUGUUCUUUGUGUGGAGUAAAUGGUACAUUAUUUAGGAGGGAUGGUUUAAAUAAUAUUGAUACUAUAUAGUGUCAUGUUUUUCUACUGCUGACCAGUUCAUACUAUGAAGAAAAAAAAAGUGUACUGUAUGUGAAAUCUGCACGAUAUUUGUCAGAGUUUAUCUUAUAAUGUUUACAUUUCCAAUGUUUUUGUCUUUGAUAUCUUUACCAGUUAUAAUGAUAGCCAUUUCCUCGUGAAUGCGCUGUAGUUGUGAACAAAGCGCGUAUGGAUUUUGAUAAAUAUAGUACGUCUAUUCUAAACGGCUGGAAACCCCGACAGAAACGGAAGUAGAAUGAAAAUACAUAAGGGUUUGAAUUGCAACACAUCAUACCGGCAUUCCUUACUCACUUCACGAAGUAGUCCGGCGUGAAGUGUCGCAGUUCAUACCCUCAUGUAUUUUCAAAAACUGUUUUAGAUAUAAAUUACAUAGACGUUUCUUUCCCCAGAAUUCGGAAUUCCGUCUGAGACGCGUUGGCCAUCCUUCUCGGGUGACACCUUCGGGCGUUGAUGGUGAGUACAAUCGAUCUCGUGUUUUUAUUGAUUUUAUAAAAACUAUCAUAUUUGAUAUCCAUCUGAAAAUGCAGUGAAACAAUGUCAAUUGUUUCUUUGUCGUCUGAUCGAAUUUCGAAGUCAUUUUUCACAACAACUAUACAUUGCGAAAUAGAAAGAUACUUAUUGCACGGUCUUAUUUAUAGGCAUAUAAUAUAUACCAACAAAAUCCAUAACAAUGGGAUUAUUACUCAGUGCUAAAUAAACUACAUGUAUAUUCAGACUAGGAAAAAUCUAUAACAUGUAAAGUCUGAAGCCGUACACAGUUGUUUACAUAUUAUACGCACCAAUAGUUGUGACAAACUGCUACUUGUGAUGUUGUCCUGUUCGAUGAACUUUGCAAUAACAUAGUAUAAUUAGUGCCCCCGCACUAGACGAGCGUCCUCACCUAACCUUUCGUCCGUCUGUAUGCCUAUUUGCAAACGCCUUACCGGACGCUUUAAAGCUAUCCUUGCAAUUAUUGACUUGACAAUUUAUGGCUGUUUUCGGACUUUUUCCUUCAGCUAUACAUUGAAUUGAAAUUUUAAACAUGAUGAAAGGUGAAGAUAACGAAGAGUGAUCAAUCUCAUAACUCCAAUAAGCAAUACAAUAUAGAUAGUUGGGCAAACACGGACCCCAGGACAUACCAGAGGUGGGAUCAGGUGCCCAGGAGGAGUAAGCAUCCCCUGUCGAUCUUAUACCAAUGGGUUACAAAUUAAGGGCCCUUUUGUUAUGCUUGCCACCACGAUGAUAUUUAGUUCCAUAUUACUUAGGGCCCCUAAAAGACCUCUUUUGGAAUAACCGAAAAAACUGACGGUAGGGAUAUCCUCAUCAGGGAGGAAAAUUCCUCUUUCGUACAUGUAAAUGGUGUGCAAUACAUGCAAAUGAUAGGGAAGUGUUCUAACCUUAUCUCGGGGAUGACCAGUCGCUAUAGUUGUCAGCGUUCACGAAAAUGCAUUUUUUAAACUGAUAAAUGGAUCUAUACAUGUGCAUUGUGUAUUUUGGAAUAUUGCCCGAAUCCAAAUAAGACACCUUAAACCUUGUAUUACAGCAUUACAUACACUAAACAAUGCCCUGGCUAAUUGAUUGAAGUAGAUUCAUAAGGAAGAUGUCAUCAAAACGAUCCACUAGUUUUUAUACUAGUAGUAACCACUUCCUUCAGAAAACCGGUCACGUGCUUCCGGGAAUAUUCAAACACAUUUUAUGAAUGAAUUGUGUUUAUAUUUACAAGUGAGCGGCGUAGUGAUUUUGUGACAGACAAAACCGAAUGCGUUAAGGAUAUCCUCCGAUGAGACGAACAUGUUUGGCCAUGGAAAGGCUCUUAUCAAGAAAAAUACGUCACUAGUGACGCAAGCAUCUCCUUUAAACGGAAGGGGCAUGGGAUGCAUCCGUUUUCAAAUUCUGUUUCAUUUGCUUGUUAAUCUUGAAUUAUCAGGGAGAAGAAAGUUCAGAUAUUAACGUUUGAUCGCGUGCUCCAACGAGAUUUAUCGUCAUUCAGAUGAUUAUUAGUUGUUCUAUUGCGGAUCAACAAAGAAAGAGUAAAAGUGCACAGGAACUAAAGCCCAUUGGAAGAAUUUUUUUGAAUGAAAGGUGACUGAGUGCGACGCAUGCCUAGUCAUCACUGGAGCAUAUCCGGGAUCGAUGAAACCAGCAGACGACGAAUGCCCACGUGAGGAGUAAGAGCAGUCAGGACUCUAGUCAGAAAGGUAAGGCCGAUUAUAUCAUUUACACGUCUUAUCAGACACUUAAUUCAACACUACGUAUUACUGAAAAUGAAAUAAAAGAGAGAAAAAAUCUUUUAAUUGCAUUAUAAACAUUCCCCUACAGUAGAAGAAGCAGGGGACCCAUUUCAUUAGAAUCUAUAUUUUCUAAAUUAAGUUUAUCAACAGAUAGGGGUAAUUUCUUUGUUUAAGGAUAGUACACGAUAUAUAACAGUAAUAUUAAAGUAAAAUGAGCUUUUGUGAUCCCGUGUUCCUCCUUGCUAUGAUUCAGUGAUCCAUAAAAUACGAAUGACGUACAAGAUAUUGCACGUAAGUAUUUAAGUGGCAAUAAAACGUUACCGUUUAAGUUGUGUCUGAUGAAGUGGAUAGUACGUUUUGUGUUCAAACUUCAGGGAUUGUAUUAUCUAGUGUAUGAUCCAGAAUAUUUUGUUUGCUAUUUUUAAAGAUGAUGUAAAUGAAAGAAAUCUUGCCAAAAAUAACCUUUCGUAAGGAAAACUACGCAGUUUUUAUUAAACGAUGAGGUAAGAUGAUAGUUGAUCCUUUUAUAACUUCUUUUGUUUUGAGCGUAUAGAUACACAACAGUCGAAGUCAAUCGGGACACAUGGCGAUCGAUCCGUAUAGCUUGAUAUAGAUAGAAUUUAUAUAAACCACUAAACCAGCCAGACGGAUUAAUUAUAGCUUUAUGAUCAAGCACGACUAGUGUAUAAAGGCCUCAUGUUUCUGGGCAGACAAAUGAAAUGAUUGAAGGUGGUCACUCUGGGGGUCAAUGACAUGCACAAAACGGUCAAUUAGACCAUCUAAAUCAUCAGCGGAAGAUUAAUAAACAUCCACGGAAGAUUAAUGAGGGAAAAAAAUUAAAAACAAUAUUUAUCUUCUGUGAAUGUAGGCAUUUUCGCUUUUAAAUAAACAGUAAACGAACGCUUGUCAAAAAAGUUCUGUAAACGAACGCUUGUCAAAAAAAGGUUUUUAAAAAGGGUUCUGUGUGAAUCAAGUCAAUUCCAUCUCCCUUCGUCGGAUGUUAGAGAGAAAAAAGUCACUGACCGCGAAACUGGAAGCACGUCAGGCAGAAACGAGAACAAAGCUUACAAUUGAUAUUACUGAACCGAAUCGGGAAUUCCUCUCCUAACCUGCCUCACGAUGGGCGACUGGGUGUGUCUUAAUGAGGGUCAUUGCCCCAUUUUCCUGCCAGACACUGUCUUCACACACAAACGAGGUGACUGACAAUUGAGGUGAGGUUGGUGUGUAGAUAGAGAUAAUGGAAACCAUUCUUGUCAAGCAAUUAGAAAUAACUACAUGUACAAAGUGUAGACAUAUUUUUAAAAUUCCAAUGAAGGCAUUUUCUUCAAGUGAAUUAAAAGUAGUCGGCAUAUAUUUACACGAAGAAGUGUGUAGUCUUGUGGUAAAAUUCAUUAUUUUAAUUUCAUUAUUACAAGAAGAAAGAAAGAACCGCGCAAAUUCUUUUCAUUCUUCGUGACAGAUGUUUUCGCUUGUUAUAUUUGACCAAAUACACUCCUUGUGGUUGCCGGAUAACUCGGCCUUUGUUCAGGUAACCCAAAGCACAGAAUCGGCCGAAUUCUGUCAGGUAGUCAUCGAAUCAAAUUUCUCCUACAAAUUGAAAAUCUGAAGAAGACCUCUCGAUAAUUAUAUUAAUGAUAUCUGAAAAAUAAAAUGGUAAACAAUUGAUGUGAGAUGAUGAAAUCUGAAAAUGUUUCUAAUGUAGAUAUUAUUUUCAUAUUCAUCCUUAUUUCUUAUUUUGAGUACAUGGGAUUAAUCUAGAAUACCAUCGAGACAAGCACGUGCAUCAACCUACAUUGGUUAAUUGAUGUUAGGCAAAAUGUCAAAUAGACUAUGAUUUUUAUAUCUCGUGAUUCUAGGGUGGGCUGAUAUCAAGAAUGGUCUUUGUCAGAGAGUUAGUCUGACAUUCAAACGCGAUAACUGACUGCAUUUUCGGUGCUCCCGUUCGUCGGGGCAUAUGACCCUAGUCGGGGUCACUGUGUAUCCAUGUGUUUCCCUCGUGAGGGCAUUGUAUAAAGGAUAAUUAAAGUGACAACAGAGAAUUAAAAAUUUCGAGCACUGUCUAGGGGGAGUUUUAGCUGAAUGGCGGACUAGAUUUGAAAGUUAACGGCAUCGCUUACAGACGAAGGGGGUCUCUCGGUUCCUUUGUUACGGACGCCAUCAUUGGAUUUCGUUGUUGCACGUGUCGCGUUAACAGGUUUGAAAAGAGCACAGCGGAUGUAUCUGUCACCUUGUUUAAUUACUACUGAUAACAGAAUAAGGACAAACUAACACGCAUUUAACAAUCCAGACAAAUAUUAUUUUUAAUUUUUUUUUGCAAAUAAAUACAUUUUAGAAUGAAAAACGAAAGCAUCGAUAGGUUAGAAUUGCAUAUAAAUGGUGUGCUAAGUGUAAGAGGUUGGUCAAACAUUUUUUCCCAGUCCCUUGCCCUGAGUGACUCAGGAAGUCAUUAGAACAAAUUUUAUUAGACAGCUAGUUUGUAUGAGAAAAAAGGAAGUUACUGCCACGUGGUUUUCUAUUGGUCCAUGUGUACUUGGGUUAAGUUGGUUUCUAGGGCUGAAUGAAACGUAAUCACUAGCACACAGUUGUCUGUUUUAAUGUGUAUAUUGCACAUGUGUACAGACUGAUCAAGUCUCGUUAGAAUUCCAAACUUAUGAAUGUACACUGACAUUGUUGUGGUUUUUAGUGAGAUUAACAAAAUAUGGAAACGCUUUCCGUGACCUUCAAGGUAUCCUUGUUUAGAUCGCGAUGUUACAAUGUAAUUAAUUCAUGUAUUCGUUUCACACAGCAUGACGUGGAAAUAAAAGAAUGGUUAAAGAAAAAAAAAUCUUUAUAAAGCGGUCUCGACAAUCGAUACAGAUAAAAAUGCCCAGAUUACACUGUUUUAAUCGACUAAAAAUAAAGUCUCCGAUUUUCUCUGGUCAUCCCCCCGUGAUCGUGAACAUUCACCUCUCAUUUCACGAUAAAUAUCUGAAAGCGUACAAGGUGUGGGCGUUGAGCUCGUCAUGACGAUAAGAAAUAUGAAUGAGUUAAGCUCCAUUCAGGUCUUUACUAUAUAUUCACGUUUUACAGCGUAGUUCGAAAGUUAAACCCAUACUUUGUCAUGCCUUAGAGGCACACACUUUUCACAUGCUGACCUCACCGAUACAGUCAUGGCUAAUAUUGAUUUGGCAGUUUAGUGUAUUACAUAGCCUGGUUAUUGUAUUAAUGAUAUUAUGACUAAUAUCGCAUAAAUACACUUAGUUUUAAAAACAUGUACUAACAACUACAAAACUAUAAAAUUUCAUAGAGUUAAGUCGUUACAAUGAUAUCGAUCAUAUGACCCACGUAAGGAAAUUACACAAAAAAUCAAUUAAACGACAAGUUCAUAUGUCUUGAGUUUGAAAAACCAAAUUUCCCAACACCUUUUGUCUGACAAAAAAAAACACAUCGUAGAAUGACUAAAUGUUGAUAUGAAAACGAUUAGUUGUGUAAUCGAUCAGAAAAAACACACCGAAUGUACCGAGUGGAUGGAAUUCACUGAAGGACAUUAAAAAGGAUUAGGAUGGGAUUGCGGUGUAAUGUUAUGAACAGAUUUUAGUUUACAAAGUAAAUACAGAAGUAACAGGACGUCGUCCUUAUUUUUCGAUCGCACCUGUAGGACAACAUUAUUAGCAUGGUUGGCGUUCCUAUCCCAUGUGUGCACAAACAUGUCGCAACCCCCGUCAUUGGGUGAUCAUCUAGGAGCUUUAAAAAAGGUAAGUUUAGAUAAGUAAAAUAUUGAACACAGAUCGACGCUCUGGAAUGCAAGGCGUUUAAAUGAAUUUGAUUUGUUGGCGUGGCUCUUCUAAAAUAACAUCGUGGGUGGUUCAAUUUCAGUGCGUCAUUUCUCGAAGGGUACUGAUAUUAUAAAUCCAUACUUGUGCUAUACGGUCGAUAUAUGAAUAUAUACGAUUUGGAAUAAUUUUCAAGCGAAGUGUAAGUUAAAUUAUUCAUUUUACAUGUACGACAAUGUUGAUAUUAUUCACACAAUGACACCACAUGGUCUCGGUGAUAUAUUUAAAAUUUUCAAUUAUUUUUGCUCAGAUAUGAUUCAAAUGUAUAAAAAUUGAAUCGAUAAACGCUAGUUAUCCUUAAUACAAAGUGUUUCCGCUUCACGCUUACAAAGUGCGCACAACCAAAGUGGACAAUCCUAAGUAAAAUUUCCCUGUAAAUGAACUACCGCAAUGAUAAAACUACCGUGAUCAAAAUUACAUGUUACUACACUGGUUGCCAAAUGUCACACCCUAGAACUGAAAUACAUAACAAAUUUGAUAGCAGUAAGUAUUAAUCAUUAGAAUAUAUUUUCCACUAAGCGAAGUUAAACGCAUUAUCACGUGAGAAGAUUCAUCCUUUGUAGUUUUUAUUUAUCAUUUUUUUAUUAAGUUUUUUUCUCUCACUGUGACUGAAUGACUGAUGUGUAUUUCCUGGGUUGAUCACAUGAAGAACUACUCAACGAAUGGCAAGGUACCGGGAAAUGUCUCGUGGGAUUUUUCAUUAAGUAAGUAUUCACAUGUGAUAUAUGUUAGCUUGUACGCCCUCAGAGUAAACCCGUUGUGGUGUUCAUUCCCUGUGUACGUGUUUAGUUAAAAUUCACUUGUCACGAGGCUGUAAGGAUUUUUAAAGUUCUGCAAUACUUUUUUUCUCUCCUUUCAUUUCUCUUUCACAUGACUGAUGAAUUUGAUUAACAUGUAGUGCAAUGAUAAGGUAAACAAUGUGAUCACUGUCUUCUCGGUUUUUUCCCCAUUUUGAAAUCAUGGGAUCUUUUUAUGAGAAAAUCUCUAGAUGGACAUAUAUAUAUUUACAUGCAUGUGUUACUUUCAUUGCUAUUUUCAGAAGUUGUACGGAUGAAAACGUCAUGUAUUUAAAAUGUAUUUUUUUUAAUUGCAAGUUUUUAAAACAAUGCCCGCGAAUGGCAAAUUCAUCCAUCGCAUUUUUAGUGAUAUGAAAUGUCUAUAUGUGCCAAAAUUAUUUUCGUGAGACUGAGACAUCAUUGUGUGAUGGUUUCUCUUUGGAAACAAAUACUCGCCGUUUCUUGCCAGAGUUACCACCUUACCAUAAAGGUGUUCAACAAUGUCACAAACUGUGCUCUCUGGAAUGACGUCAUUUGGGGUUUGCAAUUCACACUUUUAAACAGGACAGUCUGCCCUAUCCGUCAGUCGCUGCCUCGUUUUGAAUAGCAGAGACUGUCAGAUAGGUUCUAUUGUCCCGUUUCCAGCAUCAACUUCAAUUUUAGUCCACAUUGCCGAUGGGACAAAUCGCCUUCACUUUGUUGCUUAGUUGGAUGUUGUAAACUACCUUAUGUUUUAUAUAUUGGUUAAAAUUUCUACAUUAUUCUGGUCAACCUUUAUCUGGUAAUAUUAUUUCCUUUUUUGGUCAUAUUGUCCCCUGUUACAGCGGUUCAGUGGACCUUUGAUAGCUGGCUUGUUAUCUGAGCUUUUAGCUGGAGAAUAUAAUGUAAAGAGUGUCCGAUGUGUGUUUCUGGUGGAUGGUUGGUAUUAAGGGAUCUUGUUUAUGGAUGGCGUUGGGAUGAAGGAAUUUUGUUGUUUAUACAUGGAUGGCCUUAGAAUUAAGUAAUAUUGUCUAUGAAUGGCCUUGGGAUGAAGUUAUUUUGUUGUCUAUGUGUGUGUCCGUGUCAAUAUUUAGGGGAUUUACCUCUACAUAUACCAUUCUUCAGCCUUUGCACGAUAUUUUUAUUUUCGGAGUUUAUUAUCAUCGUCUUUUUCCGCGCGGACACUAUCAACUACGCAUCUACUUCCCGUAAUCAACCCACGUGUAUCAUGCAUUUUAAAGUGGGUGGAUUUUAAAGCCUGCAUGUGCGCUAGUGGGUCACAAAUACAAUUCUUUGUCUGUCAAUGCACAUCCUUAAAAAAACCCAACAACAUAUCAGUAUUCUUUACUUGGAGCAACUAAUCCAGAAAGGGUAGAUCGUCUUGCCAUUUUUAUCAGUCACUGUGUUGAGAUUGGAUCGCAGGACAGAUAUGAAUGGCAUGAAAGACUACCGAGAGCCGCUAGGAGAAAAAGAGCAAACAUUGGAUCGUUUUAAACCCGAGGGAUUCAGAGGUAAUGUUGAUUUUAAAAUGAUUUAAAUUUUUCUUACUUCCCAUGUACAUGUAUAUUCUAAUAGAUAUGAGCGUUAAAGCGGAAGACUAAAACUUUUUUUGUUGGUAAUUCCAUUUUAUAAAAGGAAACGUUUCGGCUUACGUGGGUGUGUAAAACUUCACCCUCUCUCGAGUCAAAUGAUUCGAUCUCUAAAAAGGGAAUAGUACAUGUCGACGAAUCUUAAUCCAUGCACAAUUAUUUGAAGCAUCUAUUUUUAUGUCGGGGUAUUCAGAUGUUUAUUUCGUACUUUUAAAACUAUUACAAACUUUAUGAACUUUUUAGUCGUUACCAAAUUCAGAAAAAUGUCGAAUUUAGAUGUAAACAUAAUAUGAUUUUUAUAAUACCAAACCUGCUAUACAUAUAUAUAUAUAUAUAUAUAUAUAUAUAUAUAUAUAUAAACAUAGAAAAAAUGGUGUUCUUUUUAUUUAUUUAUUAUGGGAAAAUGUAUAUGGGUCAUGCAUAUUAGAAAUAGAACGACAUGACAUGUUCAUGUAUAUUUGCAAGUGUUGAGACCAAAAACCAAGUGUUUGGCGUUUUACAAUUAUCAUUAGCGGCCAGUCCUGAUACAACAGAGAUUUCUGAGGGUGCCCCGGGGGAGUACUUUGUUGAUGCCGUACGUGAAAUUAUAGUGAUUACUUAUGAAAUUGCACGAUAUGAUUCGAAGAUUCAAAUCGUAAUACAGAGCCAUCUAUAUUUUGUCGCUGUCCUUCCUCGCGUAGCUUCAGGUUAUUGUGUUUGAAAUAUGAUGCAAACUAUUUUAUAAGGUGUAACUUUUCCUGCGGGGCUUGUUAUUUGUUAAAUGGCUUAAUUUACAUUUAGUCGCAUUAAAUGCUAAUAUGACGUAGUUGUUUCAUUUCUCAUCGGAUAAUGACGUGGAAAGUGUUGAAUAACAAUCCCAUAUAUCUCUGUGCUUUGUCUGUACAAAUUCUACGCGGAUCUUUAUGAGUAUGACAUUAAAGUGGGGUCGAGUUCUUUAAUUGAAUACGUGGCACUGCUUUGUAAAUAAAAAUAACGUUAAGUAAAAGAUAUUUUAAAAAGAUGUAGCUUAUAAACUUCAGCUGACAGCUACCGUCACGACAAAAAAAAAGGGGGGGGGAGGGGGCAUUUCGGUAUAUGAGAAAAUCAUGAGAUUGUAGAGGAAUGUUUAAUUUAUGAGACAAUGCUACAUGUAUGCUUAAAAAAAAAACAUCCAAGAAGAUGUAGACCACUUCGUGUGGAUCACAAUGAAAUCUCGGACCGACUGAUCAUUGAGGAUUUGUAUAGAAGUGGAUAUACGUGUAGAACAUGGACAUGAAACAAACCAAACCACAGAAGUAAAACUAUUAAAACGAAUGGAUAAAUGAUACCAGUACUGGGUAACCGACUAUACCCGGUAAACAGGAUGUUCUGUGUCUUUCUUCUUCUCAAUUUAUAUAUAAAUCUUAUUGUAAGAAAACCUAUAUGUAGUGAUUCCGUUAGUUUAACUUUGUGUACUAUGAUUAAAGUAUACACAAUUGACAUGUACAAUUUAUUAAAGCUGCCGACCGUCAUAAGUGUUUUGUUGUUAUUUCUACACUUUCAUUUUACGGACUAUGGACUAAAGAAAGAUAACUCUUAACAGGUGAGCGUGAUCAAUUUCCAGUGAUUGUGAAAUCUUGGCAUGGUGUCAACACUAAGUAGUAUAAUAGUAAGACACCAGAGUAUAUGUGACUUAAAAGUACCUUUUCAUCGAAGCACAGAUAUAAAAUGGCAUCUUCUCUUCAACAACGAGGAAGCGAUCGAUUUAAAGGGUAGGUUGUGAUAAAGGAACUCUUUACGCUAGCUAAUGAUUUUAAAUUGUAUCUAAUUGAUUUAACUAUAUAAAUUCUCUAUAAUACAGGAUAUUUUAAGAAAAGCUAGACAUUGUUAAAAAUCUUUAACAACUUGGUUUUGAUAGAAGACUGUUUGCUUCCCACUCAUUGAAAGAUUAUGUACUCUACGAAACAAAGAACAAAUACAUGUAGCGGAUAAAUUUCUCUCUCUAUUUACAUAAAUUCCGAAACGCUUGCUCCAGUUCCUUCUAGUGCCUUUGAUAUUGUUUCAUACCUGACUUCAAGUCUGUAAGGUAUAACUGAAUUUUGCUUGAGUAGUAUCUUGAAAUGAAUUAAAAAAACUUAGUUCAUUUUCGAUAAACUACCCUGAAAUAGCAAAAAAAAAGUAAAGUGAUGGCGGAUUUAAACAGUGAGAUUCAAAAAAAUUAAAAUAAUGACAACUUAAAAUGAUACGAUAUGAAGUAAAUAGUAUGAUUUUGUUUAUCGAUGUAUUAUUUUGUCUUACAGUCGAAAUAAGUUUGGAUAAUUGUUGAAUAAAUAAGGUAUGUCUGUUGGUUUGUUCAAUCUGCGGUUGUAGUUUUGAAUCAGCCGUGUGGACAUUUCCAGAACGAGGAGAGCAUGCGUGUUAGCAGUGCUGAAUAUUGAAUAGAGAAUCAACAUCUAUGAUAUUUUGUUUCCAAGAAACAAAAACUGAUGAUUUAGACGUAUUAGAAAUUGAUAGUUUUGACAUUUUAAUGAAAAGCAGAUUCAAAUGUAGUAAACUUAAUUCUGGGGUUAUAGUGCUAGCCUACAGGGAAGAGUUGCAUGACUACAGUGUUAUGCAUGAAACAGACUGUAAAGCAGUACUAUGGUUUGAAAUUUCCAAGAAAUGGACUAAUCAUGAAAAUAAUUCAUUAAUUGGGAUAGUAUGUAUACCCCCAGAAAAUUCUAAAUUUAGUAGUAGAGAUUUAGUUGGCAUUAUAGCAAGCUUUUACUACAUUUAAAACAACCAACACCAGAUUUCAUUAUAUAUUGUGAACCAAGGUUCUGUUUUAGGACCUUUACUAUUUUUGAUUUAUGUUAAUGAUGUUGCUGUAAAUAUGCUAUCAAUGUGUAGAUUAUUUGCUGAUGACAACUCACUCCAGCAGUCCUCAUAUAAUAUGCUAGAAAUUGAAUACAAGCUUAAUUAUGAUUUACAUAUACUAGAAAAAUGGUCAAAUAAGUGGCUACUCAAAUUCAAUCCAUCCAAGACUAAAGCUGUUUAUUUUUCGAAAAAAGAUAACUCUAUUUUACCGAAAUUAUUUUUCCAAGGUGAUAGAUUGGAGUGUGUUCCAGUCCAUCGUCAUCUAGGCUUAUUAUUGUCACAUAACCUCAGUUGGUCUUUAUACAUUGAUUCCAUAGUUGAUAAAUCUUUUAAAAAAUUAGGGCUUUUAAAAAGGCUUAAGUUCAAAAUUGGCAGAAAACAUCUGUCAAAAUUGUAUAUAGCUUUUAUUAGACCUACUCUCGAAUAUGCUUCAAUUGUUUGGGAUGGCUGUUCUGUUCACGAUACUGAUAAGCCUGAAAAAGUACAAUUACGUGCAGCUAGAAUUGUUACUGGUCUUCCUAUUUUUGCAUCUAGAGAAUCCCUUUAUUCAGAAACAGGCUGGCUAACUUUAAAAAGUAGACGUUAUAUUGCAAAAAUGACUACCAUGUUUAAAAUUUGCUAUGGUAGCGCCCCUGAUUAUUUAAAUGAAAUUAUUCCAUAUAAACAUGAAAAUAUAUCCCUUUAUAAUACUAGAAACAAUGAUAAGUUUUACAUUCCAAAAUGCAGAUUAGAGUUAUUCAAAAAAUCAUUUGUACCUGACUCUGUAAAACAGUGGAAUUUAUUAAAUGUAGAAACCAGAGAAGCCAUCUCAAUCAAUUCAUUCCGCAAAAAUAUAAUAACAGACAUUACAAUACCACCAUCAUACUACUCUUUUGGAAAACGAUAUAUCAACAUUAUUCAUACAAAGCUAAGAUACAACUGUAUACUUAAUUAUGAUCUUUAUAAAUUAAAUAUUACAAAUUCUCCGUUUUGUACAUGUGGACAUACUAAUGAAGAUAUAUAUCAUUUCUUUUUUGCUUGUAAAAAUUACUCCAGGGCUAGAAAUGAUCUUUUUAAUCGCCUUUUCAUGCUUGACUUGGUUAAUAUCGAUACAAAAUUGUUAUUAUGCGGUGAUGUCAAUUUACCUCUGCAAACUAAUAUAACUAUUUUUUCAGUUGUUCAUAAAUUUAUAGAAGAAACUUGUAGAUUUGUUUAAUCAUUGUACAUUAUACCUGUUAAUUAUUACCUUGCAUGACAUAUUGUAAUAUUUUAGGAGAGGGACUUGUAAGUUGUCAGAACUUGUUCCCAAUCCUUUUGAUUUCAUCAAUAAAAUAUGUUCAAAACAAAACAAA